AAUAAUGGUAAAAAUAGUAACGGAUGGUGAUUACGUUCCCUGGUACAGUCGGAGAGCUCCACCAGUUUUCUGUUUUCCAUGCCUUCCAGCUUACAUGGGUAUUUGGCCAGCAAGAAAAUGUGUUCUGAUAAUCGGAGCACUUCUUUUCUUCUUCGGAGUCAUUAUUCUUCUGGCAAUGCUUCUCACCUGUAUUGCAAUUGAAUGUGCUGGAGUUGCCUCCGCUUUGAUCCCACUGGCUCUGAUCCUCAUCAUUGUCGGAAUUCUUCUUUUCCAUUGCGGAUAUGCAGCUCAUCUCUUGGAUAAUCAUGGUGAAAUCCCAAUCAAAAAGACAACUACAACUACAACCACAACAGUAAUGGAUCCAGAAUCUCACGAAGACGAGAUCAGACUAUUUGAGACUGUGCAUAGAGAGCAAGUUCCAAAUGUAAGACAAGGAUUCUGGCAAUUCGACGAGAAUCUCUCAUGGCAAGCAGCUUCAAAUCCAUAUCCAAUUCAACACACUCUCAAAAACUGCCUUGAACGUCAACCAUACUGAUCAUCCUUCUUGCCAUGCUUUUCAUUUGAUUGUUAUCACUUUUAUACAAUUUUUUUCUUGAAUAUUUCUAACAAGCAUUUUCUAGUCAACAUUUUCCAAAUUUUCCUUAUCGAUGAAUUUUUGUACAGUUU